AUCCUUCAGAUAUUGUCAAUCACGUUGUCGGAUGAUGACCUGACACCAGAUGAUCCUCUUACACAAGCUUAUCUGGGUAGUCUCGGAGAUCUGGAAGGAGAAGAUGUGAGAAAUGGACUUGGUCGGUUUGAUGAUUUAGCGAGUGUUACUAAACAACUAGGACAGCUAGUAAUCGGGCUGAAACCCAAGAAGGGACAGGAGAUGGAUAAUGGUGAAAGUGAAAUAGAUAUUGAAAUUGUGAGUGGGGUAGGAGACGGUAAUAAUGAUGGGAAUGGGAGCCAAAUGGAAGUGAAUACCAAUGAGGGGGGGAUUAUGACUAGUGGUGUUACUGGUGAUGUCGGAAAUAAUGAUAAUACCGAGGCGUGA